CAGAAAAAAAAAAGCGGACGGCUUCUCUUAGAAUCUCUUUGAUUAGGUAAUCGUGCGUCUUCAACACGCCCGCUGAAGUCUUUAAAACUUUUGUUUGCGAUCGAGAAAAAAAGUUUGUGGAAGAAGAAGAUGGGUGAUUCAAAAAAGGGGCGUGUACAAUGGGAUGAAGCUAAUAUAGUGGAAAUUGAAUCUAACAAACCUGUUAGGCAGAAGAUCACUGAACCUAAGACUCCCUACCACCCUAUGAUCGAUGAUGAUGAUGAUGGUUCUCUGUCUCCUAGAGGAAGAUCGUUUGACGAAUGCGUUGAUGAUAUGCAACGUGCGGAAGAACUGAGGAACGUUCUGAACGAGGCAGCAGCUUCGUCAAGCAGAAAUACUAGUCAGGGGUCUGGUUCUGGUGGCUGGAGCUCGUCUGAGGAGGAUGAAGCUGAUCCAAUGGAUCAAGAUGAUGAAGACACAGAUGUGGAUGAUGAGAAAAACGCACGUUUCAACGAACUUAGAAGAGUACAUUACGAUGAGUUUCGGAAGGUGAAGGAACUAAGGUCCUCAGGGUCGUUCUAUGAAGAAGAAGAGGAAGAAGAUGAUGGCGCAAAAGGCGGUAAAACAGAGGCAACAACUUCACGUCACACUACUAAAGGCGUUAACAAAGAGGUAGAUGCAGCCACUACUGUUUCAUCCUUGAGUUGAGAUCAACCUCUGCUCAAUCAAUUGUGUACUCUCUCCUCCAUGUUUUACAGAGUUACCUCUCGAUUAAUCUGGGGUUUACACUAAUGUUCAGCCUUUUAAAAAGAGAACAACAAAGAAAAUGAGCAAAAAACAUUCAGACUUCUUUACAUAGCAUUUUAGUGUAAUUUGGUUCGGCAAUGUCAUUUUAAUACAUUUUGUUUUUAUCA